AGCGGAUGACUGCAGACAAGAAAAUCUGACAAGUCAUGGCAGAGGAGGAUUUCGGCCGCUUUGUGGACUGGUCCCAGUUGGGAGACCUUGCUAAGACCGCCACUGGUUCCAGUGUUCCCAGUAAGGACGUUAAAGAGUUGAAGCAGCAGGCUCGUACGGGUCAGUGGGAGAAGAACCACGCCUUACGGGCUCAGGUUUACCGACACCUCAUCCGUUCCCUGCCAUGCCGCACGGUCACGCCCGACGCCGAAGUUUACCGCGACGCCAUGGGCGCGUCCGGCGGCAGGAAGCAAAACCCCGCCUCCCACCCCUUACCGGAGUUCGUGGACGGGAUGUCGGUCCCUCAGUACUGCCUGAAAGCCGAAUCGCUGGGUUCGGUCCACGCCGUCAUCUCCUGCGUGGCCAGUCAGUUCCCCGACAUAUCCUACUGCCCGGCGUUGCCGGCGGUGACGGCGCUGCUGCUGCACUGGAGCUGCGACGAGGCGCAUUGCUUUGAGAGCGUGAGUCGCAUGCUCGCGUGUAACCAGCCGGGACGUCACAUGCUGGACCAGACCUUCCUGGCCUUCCAGUCCGCCUGCAUGACCUUCGGCGACUUGGCCAACAAGUACUGCCCCUCGGCGCACAAGCUGAUCGUUGCCACGGCGACGGACGCGCGGGACGUGUACUCGGACUGGCAGCGGUGGGUGCUGGGCGACCUGCCGUUCGGCCACGUGGCCAGAGUGAUGGACGUGUUCCUGGUGGAGGGGUACAAGGUCUUAUACCGCGUGGCCUUGGCCAUCCUGAAGUUUUACCGCAAACAGAAAGCCGCCGCGGGGGCGCAGGCGUCCAAACCCGCCCAGCAGGACUCGGCAGGGGUCAGAGCCGACAUCCAGGCGUUCGUCAAAGGCAUCGGCAGCUCUGUGACCCCAGAGAAGCUUCUGGAAAAAGCGUUUUCUAUCCGACUGUUCAGCCGUAAAGAGAUUAACCUGCUGCAGCUCACCAACGAGAAAUCACUGCAGCAAAAAGGCAUAACAGUGAAACAGAAAAGCUCUGUUAAGAGGCGUAACGUGCAGUUGGCCGUCAGUGCGGAGACCUUUAACUCUGAGAUCGUCAGUGCUAAAGAGAUCAGAGACAUCUGGGCCUGGAUCCCAGAGAGAUUCGCUCUGUGUCAACCUCAGCUUCUCUUCACAACCUCCACACACGGCUGCAGCCUCAACAGAUUCUACUCUCACUGUGAGGGCUAUGAACCGACGCUCAUGCUAAUCAAAACCACAGAAGGAGAGGUGUGUGGAGCCUUCCUGUCCACUGAUUGGGAGGAGAGGAAAAGAGGCGGGAACAAACUCAGUUUCUUUGGCACAGGGGAGUGUUUCAUAUUCAAGAUGAAGCCAGAGAUGGAACGCUUUGAAUGGGUUGUGAUUAAGCAUCCUGAGUUGGCCAAUGCAGGACAGGGCUCCAGUGACGAGCAGGCGGAAGACGACCAGCAGGCCAACUCUGACACACACCCUAACACACACACUCUGCCCACGGAGAAACCCGCCACGGACCCCUCCCAUCUCUCACCCUUUCUCUCCGCACGACACUUCAACCUCAACUCCAGGAACACGUCAAUGUUCAUGGCAGGAAAUGUCGACUCCAUUAUCAUUGGAGGGGGCAUUGGUAAUGCCCUGUACAUUGACUCAGAGCUGAAUCAUGGGCGAACAGGCCACUGUACGACCUUUGACAACCCACCACUCUGUUCAGAGAACUUCCAGAUCGCUCUCCUGGAGGUCUGGGGCUUCCAGGACGCCAUGACAACCUAAAAUCACCCAGGGCAGAGGUUGUCACGGCUACCAUGGGACACCUAAUGGACCUUGUCCUGGGUGGAUGAAGACAGGAUGAAGAGGUUGCCAUGGUUACCUGGAGGGAUGAAGGACAUUGUGUUUUUUCCGUUGCUAAGACAGCAUUUUUUCAUUGCUUAUCAUUAAUAUUUAUUA